AUGUGUCUCUUGUCUAAAAACAAACUCAAGUUUGUUGAUGGUAGAAUAAGUGCACCAGCUAAGGAUGAUCCAAUCUUUCCAGUUUGGGAAAGAUGUAACACAAUGGUCCUAUCUUGGAUCUUGAAGUCUUUGUCACCAUCUAUUUCUCAGAGUAAUGUAGUUAGAAUUUCUGAACUUCAAGAAGAGAUUUAUGCAUAUAAACAGAAUAAUCUUUCAGUCACAGAUUAUUUUAUUCAAUUAAAGAUUUUGUGGGAUAAAUAUGCAAAUCUCAGGAGUAAAAUCUUGAUGUUAGAUCCUUUACCAAAGAUAAACAAAGUGUUUUCCUUAACUUUACAACAUGAAAGACAAACUGGUAUUUAUGGGAGUAUGAGUCUGAUUGUAGAUCCUAUUAUUUUUGCUACUCAGGGAUAUAAGCCUAGGAUUAGACCACAAACUUUUGUGAAUCAAGUUGGAGAGGCUGAUACAAAUGUACAAGUUACUGGCUCAGAUAUUCAAAACAUACAAGAUUCUGGUUCACAUUUGCAGUAUUAUGGUUCAAGUAGUGUUGCUCCUCCUAUCACACAAGACCAAUAUAAUCAACUGAUGCACAUGCUACAACAAAAUAGCAACAAUAUGAAUUCAAUAAUGAAUGCAGCAUCUCCUAGAGUAAAUAUUGUCUCAACAAAUUAUGCAAAACUCAGUGAUGAAGGUACACAUUCCUUAUCACAUUCUUAUUUUAAUAACUUUGUUGCUUGUUCAUAUGUUGAGAAACCUGGAAAAAUAUCUUGGAUAAUUGAUUCUGGUAAAAUCAAAGUAACUCAUAUUGGCAUAGUUAAGUUUAGUGAUGAAUUCAUAUUACAUGAUGUCUUAUUAGGACAUUUAGCUAAUUCAAGAUUAAAAACCUUGCAAGUUUUUGAUUCUUCUAUCAAAAUUCCUAAUGAUAGUCAUUCUAAGUUUGAUGCAAGGUUGAUUGUUCAAAAAUUCUGUGCAUAUGUCAAUACUCAGUUUAAGGCUAAAGUAAAGUGUAUUAGAACUGACGAUGGACUUGAGUUCCAUAUGCCUAGUUUUUAUGAUUCAAAAGGCAUUAUUCAUCAUACAACAUGUAUAUAUACCCCUGAACAAAGCUCUGUUGUAGAAAGAAAGCAUCAACAUAUUUUAAAUGUUGCUAGGUCACUUAAAAUUCAAGCAUAUUUGCCCUUGCAUUUUUGGCAUGAUUGCAUGUCUCAUUCUGUUUAUCUGAUUAAUAGAGUUCCUUCAUUAGUUAUAGAAAAUAAAACUCCUUAUAAAAUACUGUAUAAGAAGGUUCCAAGUUUCCAGAAUUUAAAAGUAUUUGGAUGUCUUGCAUAUGCUUCAACUCUAUCACAUAAUAGAUCAAAAUUUUCUCCGAGAGCUACUCAGUGCAUUUUUUUAGGAUAUCCACCAAACACAAAAGGCUAUAGAUUAUAUGACAUUCAAUCAAAACAAAUAAUUAUCUCCAAAAAUGUGAGAUUUUAUAAGCACCUAUUUCCUGCAAAUGAUUCUACUAUUUCCUUUUUAGAUCAGUCUUAA